AUGAGAGAUUCGGGCGUUCUCACGCUUAAUCCCCUACAGCAACUGAAAAGGGAGAAGAAUGAGAAGGUGCCAGUAUACAAAAGAGAUGGAGUAGAAGGGGGUGAGGAAAACAAGAGCCUCAAAGAAGCCCCUCUGAGAGUGCCUCAACCAAGGCUUUCCUUGCUGCUGCUUAUCGACCGGCAGACCGGCUACCAGCAGCAAGAAUGGAAUCUUUUGAGCCUUCAGUUCUUCUUGCCUACAUUUAGGAUGAAUACCAAAUCUACAGUUUCACUAUCUCUUUCAGUGCCUUCUUCGAUUCCCCUUGAAGUAGGGGGUUUCCGUGGGAACGAGAUCAAUCAAUGA